AGAAGAUAAGGUUCCUUUUCUUCAGACAUUUCGAGCUUUCCUGAAUUUGACAAUGGCGGAAGCAGCAGCAGCAGCUCGUUCGAUCUCGGCUACAAGGCUUCCUCAAUCGCUGAUAAAUCCUUACGCAAAGUCAUCAGAUGCUAAACAACUACAUUUCUGUAGUCAUGAAUCGAUCAGGAGGAGGAGGAGGGGAAGUACUAGAGUUUCCAGGAAGAUAUCGGUCUUUUCUCCUCAAUCAUCGUCACUUUUUCCUUCCUCCGAUUAUUCAAGAAGAAUUGGUGAUCAUGAGGAUGAUUAUGAUGAUGAUCAGUACCGGUCCAACUCAGCAUUUCCACCGGAGAAUACAGACAAAAAAGGAAGAAUGAAUGGAAUUAGGAGUGGUUCUCGUCGUCGGAUCAGAAUCUCAACGUCAUCCGACGGUAGAUGGAAGGGGAAUUGGACAAGCAACUUCAUCUUCUCUCUUGAGGAGCUUCAUUUACAUGAUUUGGCUGAACAGGGUCAAGAAAAUACCUUAGUAUUCAUCGAUCUCUCCAUUCAAAAGCAUGCUGGGUUUGGGUUUUCAGUGGAUGGGAAGAUCACAUCUUCAUUACCUAGAAAGUGCAUAUGCUGCGGUUCUUCAUAUAUCACAGAUAUUGAUACAGAGUUGAAUGUGUGGGUUCUGCCAUCAAGCAAACGCAAUCACAGCCUACCUGAUAUUGGAUCAGGAGAUCCUUCAGUCAUCUAUGUGAAGCCUGGGUGUGAGGUUGAUCUUGAUGCACUAGUACUAGACACUAUUCGGCUGUCUGCCUCAAUCAAAGGGACAUGCAAAGACUCGUGCGAUAAGAUAGAACCUAUGAUUAUCCCAAAUUGGGAGGAACAGAAGAAGCCAAGUUUUAAUAUGGUUGAUAAAAGAUGGGCAAAAUUGUUGGAGUUAAGAAAAAGUCUAUAUGCAGCAGCAACACAAAGGUUCUGCAGAUUUAACAAAUAAUAAGAGAAAGAACAAACAGCUAGGAGAAUUUUGAGUAUCUUGACACGAUUGCCAGCAUCUGGGAGGUCUACAUAUAUCCUGUAAAAACAGUCCAGUUCAUUAGAAAGAAGGAAAUAAGAGAUCAAUUCACAUUGUCAGUACUACUACAAAAUGUAAAGAAAGAAAGUACCUUCUAGGAAGACGACGAACUACUGCAUCAUCAAGAUCAAAAGGGCGGUUGGUGGCACCAAUAAUUAGGAUUCUUUGGUUUUCUUUUGAACUCAAUCCAUCCCAAGCUGCCAUAAACUCGUUCUUUACCUUUCUAGUUGUUUCAGGUUCCCCGGAAUUACGGGACCCAAGUAAACUGUCAAUCUGUAUUAAAUAUAAACUAUGUAAACAAGACUUAUGAAAUAUAAAACCAUAUGAGUUGUAUUAUUAUUCA